AUGCGUGUAUGUGACCUAUUUUGGCAAUUCUACCCACCCUUGAAUGCAGGGUUUGGAGAUUUGGCAAUUCGUCCCGUUUUGGGUUUUGAGACGUGUCCACUGGACCGUCACGAGUACAUAACGGACUUCGAGUGCACGGGUACAGACAAGAAACUGGUACACGAGUCGAUGCUCUCCUUCUACUCGGGACAUUCCGCCUUCAGUUUCUAUGCUGCCUGGUACACUGCGGUUGGUUUUUGUAUUGUUUUAUGUAAUAUAUAUAAUAUAUUUAUUAUUUAG